AAAUGUAUUACAUUGAUUUUCCUGAAAAAAAAAAGAGGGAAGUUACAUUUCAAUCCUUUGGUCACUUUUGAACACGAAGGAGCCAAGUGUGACUCCUAAACGAAGAUGCCUAGAAAGUAAAUGAUGUAUUUAUACACACAUCAAGGGAAUUUAUUUGCUUUAGUUUUUCGAGUUGUGUCACAAUAAAGACUAUAGAAUAUGUCUCAAAAGGACUUUGGUCUCAAAGAGGGGUGUAUAUUUUGAAUAUUUAAAAUAUUAACUUUUCUUUUUUUCCUUUUUAGGUCUGAGGACAAUACGGUCUCAUUGAACAUGAAUAUUUUUUAAUCCAUUAACUAACAUGAACUUACAAUGAACAAUAUAUUUUUACAGCAUACAUUAACUUUUAUUAAUGCUAGUUCAUGUUCAAUGAAAAUGCAUCAAUAAAAAUGUCCAUGUUCAUUUUAGUUUACAGUAAACUAUCAGUAAACUAAAAAAACUUAUUAGUAAAUGCAUAGAUUGACUGAAAAUGUUGAAUUAAAAAUUUGAAAACUUUGGUGUAAAUAUCUUUUUUACUCAUAAAUUGCUAGUAAAAUGUGCUCCAGUCUUUAUUUUUUACAUUUUUUCAUUAACAAAUUUGAAAGAUUUUCACAGUAUAAGAAUUAUUUGUGGAUCACAUUGAAUGUAGUUAACAAAUGAAACCGUAUUGUACAGAGUUACCUCUAAUUGUUGGUUGAUUAUGUUUUUCUGUUGUAGUUUCACAGACUUACACUCUGUAGAAAACCAUGGCCCACAGCAAUGAUUCACCAUGGACUUUAGAGUUCCCUCAGGAUCUUCUCCAGUCUGCGGAGCGAACGCUUCUUCUCUAUCAUCUGUGUUUCCUGCGUCUGGGUAAAUUCCCAAAGCUGGAGAGUCUGAUCAGAGGACAAGCUGUUGAAACACACCGGCUGCUCAGAUGCUCUGAGGCUGUUAUUAUAAAGUGUGUCGGCACGAGUUCCAACCUGGACUCCUCUCUGUUUCCAAUACUGAAGAAAGUCGUUGAAAAGAACAAACACCUUUUGGUUUUGUCAUACAUGGGGAAAAUCAGAACAUGGAUUGAUGACAUCAUUAAACCUGUGGAUUCCGUGGUGAAGAGGUAUGAACAACACAUCCAAAGUGUGGCAAUGUGUGCCAUUGAUGUGAUUCAAGUACAGAAAAUAAAAGAAGAAAAACUAGGUACUUUAAAGAUAAAGAGUUUGGAGGAAGAAAUAGCCCAGCUUGAAGAGAGGAUGAGAACACAUAAAAAUAAUUGGAUGACCGAAAUCCAACUGACUGAACUUCAGAAGGAGUUGGGCCGUUACAGAAUGAAGCAGGGAGUGAUUUUCUACCUGAAGGAGGUUCAGAAGUUCCUUUCUCAAAUCAAGCAGAUUCUGGUUCAGCUUCAGAAGUUCUGGGAGAGAGUGCUAUCUCUGCUGGACACACUGAAAGACAAGACCCUUGUUGUGGACAAUCUCACUGAAGACCUGGAUGACCUGAAGGAGGAGUUUCUGACCUCCAUUGAAGCAGCAAGAGAGGACUGGAACAACUUUGGUGGAUCCUGUCGAAGUGCACAAGGUGUUUUCAGCAUUCAGUCUGAAGAUACGUAUAAGUUUCUGGAGAUCAAUACGUCUUCACUCUCAGAGGAUGAACGGAGGAUGCUGUACGAGUCUGUCAUGGAGAAGCUGAAUCAGAUCAGCCCGCAGAAUUCAUCCACAGAGUGAAACACAGAGAUCUGACGCUUCCUCUCACACAUGGAAAUUAUUCUUAUAAUGCAUGCACAUAUUAAUGCACACAGCUUCUCUUGUCAUUUUUGUAAUGCAUCUCUCUUAUCCAAGUUCAUUUACAAUACUAUUUUUUCUAUUUCUGAAUUGUGCUGUAUCUCUUGUUAGAUUGCUUUGCAUUUCAUUAUGGUGUAUCAUAUAAUCAUGUAAUCUGGUCACAUGACUAAUGUCACACAAUAAAAAUAUAUUACUG